AUGCAUGGUGAGAGCUCAAAGGGAGAUCCUGGUCCACCUGGUGAAUGUGGUUCUAAUCACAGAAUUGUUCGACGAGAUUUGCAAGGUUUACUUGGAACACAAUAUAAUGACGUUGUAGACACUUGCUGCAAUCACCUUGCUAAACCUGCAUUGACGGGACCAUCAAUUGUCGUAGUACCGGUAAAUAAAGGUGGCGAUGUUAUACUUCCUUGUAAACCAACUGGGUUACCACAAGCGCAAGUACUCUGGUCACCUGCCGUUGAUCCUAAACACCAAGGGCGUUACAUACAAACAGUAGACGGGUUGCUUAUUAGAACAACAGAGUUUACCGAUUCUACGACAUUUACGUGUCAAGCUACAAAUAUAUUUGGAACAGUAAAUAAAAAAUUCAAUCUCAUUGUGACUGAUCCGAUUCAGAUCAAUAUAACCCCGUCACAAUCACAGUUAGAUGCAAAUCAAAAUGAAGAUUUAACCUGCACAUUUUCUGGUGUUCCUCCACCAACAGUUAAAUGGUAUCACGUGAAAUAUAACGGCCAAAGGGAGGUAAUUACUUCCAGCGUCACCACUGGAGCUCAACAAAGCGUUUUACAUCUGAAUCAUGUUGGUGCUUUGUCUGCUGGCCAGUAUAUAUGUGAGGUUGCUAACGGUUUCGAGAACAAAUCAGUAUCAUCUAAUCUACAUGUUAUAUCAAAACCUGUGAUAAUUGGUGGACCAAAUAACCAUUUAGUUAACAUCGGUACAACGUUAACACUUUAUUGUGACAAUAUCGCCAACCCUCCGGCUAGUGUGGCAUGGACAUUUCCUAAGACAGGAAGUAUACCCCCAAAAACAGCACGAAUCAAUUCUGAUGGAUCUGUUACGUUGUUUCACGUUGAUGCGUUUAGUGAAGGAGAUUACACGUGCACUGCGACAAACAGUGUUGGUUCAACUACAGCGUCUGGAAGAUUAAGUAUUAAUGUGCCAUUCAAGGUCACUGCAAGUCCACACAACAGACCAUUAGUCUCUGGUGAAUCGUUUCUCCAACUAACAUGUGAUGCUUCCGGUGGUGGACAGACACAAUUUGCAUGGUCUAAAGCAUACAGUCCUCCUUUAUCGGGUAACCCUGGGAAAUAUCUGCUUGUCGGUGAUGGUUUGAUUGUUACAAGCGUUGAUUUGGUCACUGAUACUGGUGUUUACGUAUGCAAUGGUACAGAUGGAAAUAAACAAGGAUCAGACAAAGUAGUAUUGUAUAAAGAUAUGGGACAACUAAACUGCAGUACAACGUUUAAUGAUUGUGGUGUGGGGAUCAGUGGAGCUUGUGGUGGAACCUGUCCUGGAAGCUGUACAUCCGGGAACAUUUAUGGUUACUUCAGAUAUACAUUGAAUUCAUUAGUGUGUCUGGCGGGAAAACAUGCCGGAGCCGGAAAUAACAACAAAGUCAUCUGGACUGUAGAACCAACAACUGAUACAUUUGAAGCUAAAUUAAGUAAUGGAAUUCAGAGUCAGUAUUUUGGAUUAGAUAUACAAGAAGCAGUAUUCUGGACCCAGCAACAAUCAACAGUUCCGUCGCCGCUUGGAUAAUAGUUGUUACAUUAAUAAAGAGA